AAAGAGAGUUCAUAUGAAAAACUCAGCCUGCAAAGUCUUUUUGAGCCCCAACAACGAAACUGAAAAGUGGCCAAAUGUUUUGAAUUUGUUUUCAUAUGCUACGGUUCUGACCAAUUGUGCUGCGUAUUUUGCAAGGCUCGGUGUGAAAAGGUGUUUUCAGGAUACUUAUCAGUGAAAACCACAACUGGAGGAGCAUAUAUACAUUAUGUAAACGGAAGUCGUGGGCGUUUGCAGCAUAAGUGCAUUUUCUUAAUGAUUUACCCACGCACACCAAAGUUUCGUCUGAAAUCAGCGAUCAUUUGCGGGAGGACAUUCCGGAUUUAGACAUGGAGCCCUCCUCCUCCUACCAUCUCAAUGGUAAAGAGCUACCGGCCGUGCCACAGAACUCUGUACAGACGCAUCCCAGGAGACACAUUAAGAGUAAGCGACGAAUGAAAAGAAGGUACAAAUGCUAUUCCUGCGAGCCGCCCUGCCUGGACCCCUAUGAGCUUUCCCACAUCUGUCAAAAUGCCAUUCAGUGUUGGAAAUCGCGCACCCGGAAUGCCGAAGGCCAGGUGCUCGAGUCCCGCGGCUGUAGCACCUCGCCAGACCAACUGAAUAUGAUCUGCACACAGAACUCACUGAAGAUCAAUGGGCCCAGCAAACGCAACACGGCCAUGUUUGUCAAUGUGGCAUGCUGCGCCGGCGACUAUUGCAAUGAUGGGGAAUUUCCGGAACUCCUGCCGCUUGGCAGCAAUGACGUGACAGUUAUAACGGCGGAUACCAGUAAUAUAAGCAAGAUGUCUGUUGCCAUUCUUGGUCCUUUUUUGGUUAUCGCGCUGCUGGGCGCAGUCACCAUCUUUUUCAUCCGUCGUAGUCAUCGCAAGCGUCUGGCUGCCUCGCGUACUAAACAGGAUCCAGAAGCGUAUCUGGUCAGUGAUGAGCUGUUGCGGGCUACUAGCGCUGGGGACAGCACGCUAAGGGAGUACCUCCAGCACUCUGUGACCUCAGGAUCGGGCAGCGGACUGCCCCUGUUAGUGCAGCGAACUCUAGCCAAACAGGUCACUUUGAUUGAAUGCAUUGGGCGAGGAAAGUACGGAGAGGUAUGGCGCGGUCACUGGCACGGUGAAAGCAUUGCCGUUAAGAUAUUCUUCAGUCGCGAUGAGGAAUCAUGGAAACGCGAGACCGAGAUCUACAGCACCAUUUUGCUACGCCAUGAAAAUAUUCUCGGCUUCAUCGGUUCCGACAUGACGUCUCGCAACUCGUGCACUCAACUUUGGCUGAUGACACAUUACUACCCACUGGGCUCUCUUUUUGAUCACCUGAAUCGCAACGCUCUGAGCCACAACGACAUGAUAUGGAUUUGCCUAUCCAUAGCUAAUGGAUUAGUGCACCUGCACACAGAGAUAUUCGGCAAGCAAGGGAAGCCAGCGAUGGCUCAUCGUGAUUUGAAGUCAAAGAAUAUACUGGUCACAUCGAACGGAUCCUGCGUCAUUGCAGAUUUUGGAUUGGCCGUCACCCAUUCGCAUGUCACAGGACAACUAGAUUUAGGUAACAAUCCUAAAGUGGGCACCAAGCGAUACAUGGCUCCAGAAGUUCUGGAUGAGAGCAUUGAUUUGGAAUGCUUUGAAGCGCUGCGCCGUACUGAUAUUUAUGCUUUUGGACUGGUCCUAUGGGAGGUUUGUCGCCGCACUAUUUCGUGCGGCAUUGCCGAGGAGUACAAGGUGCCUUUUUACGAUGUGGUGCCGAUGGAUCCCAGCUUUGAGGAUAUGCGCAAGGUGGUCUGCAUCGACAACUACAGGCCAUCCAUUCCUAAUCGUUGGAGCUCAGAUUCGUUACUGGCUGGCAUGUCUAAGCUCAUGAAAGAGUGCUGGCACCAAAACCCCAACGUGCGCUUGCCAGCGCUGCGCAUCAAAAAGACUAUACAUAAGCUAGCUUCCGCUGAUGAGAAGAUACGUCUGGACUUUGACGAAGUCUGCGUUUAGUGGUUGUAGUCGAGCCUAUAGCUAUAAGCACUAUUUUAGGUGUACCACCUAGCUAGUUUAAGAUUCAUUCAUUGACAUUUUCCCUUGCAUUUCCACACUAUUAGUUCGUACAUGUAUUAUUCGAAGUUAAGCCAAGAUCCCGCGUGUUGAAUGAAGAUUUAUGCCAAGAACAAGACCCUUAGCAGCUUAUAUAUAGAAGACUAUAUAUUUAUAUUUACAUUAUGUUUGGAUUGACUUUAUCGUUUCCGUUCCAACGUGAACUUCGCUUGACUGAGGUGCCUUUGAAAUUGCCUUAAGUUAAAGUUAUCAUUGACUUUAAUAUAUAUUCAUGGGAUAUCAUCCUGUAUAGUUAUCAUUUCACUCUUUACCAUUGUUCAUCGUUCAUCAAGUGCCAUUUGCAAUUGAGAAUUGUAAACGCGUUAACUGUAAGCUCACUAUUUGAACUCUACACUAAAUUCUUGACUCUAGAACUUGUCCAAGCUAUGAUAGAACCGUAAGCCACACCACCAACUGACUUGCUUUCCUAGUUAGUUAAGCCUUUAGCACUUAGUUCCCACGCUUAGAAGCAUACACACCUACUUGUAUAUUGUACAAAUGGCAAGCUAUUUAAGUUUUGUAUAGUCUAAACGAAAUGAAAUACACGAAUAAGCAUUAAGCAUUAGGAAA